GAACACUCGCGAUGGAACAGUGUGUGAAGCAGGUGGCGCAGAGAGCAGGAGUCAACACAACCGUGGGUUCCAUGGCAGAGGAACCAAGUACAUUUCGAGUGGGCGGCAUCAUUAUUUUAGUGGGCGUGGGUUCCUUCAUAUGUUGGAAACUAUGGAAACACUGGAGGAAAGAAGUGGGCGGCCCCACCACGCCGCCGCCCACGCCCACCGCUACACCACCAGCGCGCCGCCCUCAAGGCAUCCUGACAUCACUCCCGGAGGAGUAUCUUGUGCAGGAUCCAAACGAAUUUGAAGAUGAGGACCCAGCUUUCAUCCAGGAUGACACGAUGCCAUCACUAGAGUGGGAUUAUGACGGUUUGCAACAGUAUGCUGAAGAUGCAAGACCCGUGCAAGACGAUCCACAUGAAGUCUUCCCCUCUAACUCUUACAACAGUCGGCAGCUGUUAUCAGACGACGCAUCUUUAGAGUUGAAUUUGGAGGAAGAGCUUAUGUUCUCCUCUGGACCACUGGCAGAUGACUACUCUGGACUACCUGACCUCCACAAGGCAUCACAUUCUACUUCCUUCGGUUCACUUCCUCCUGACAUGGGCAAUUCUCUGCCCAG